UCGAUUAGUCUUCCCUUGCCGCUUCCGGGAGCUAUGGCGGUCAACGCGACCACUAACCCGUCCCAGCUGCUGCCUCUCGAACUUGUUGACAAAUGUAUAGGCUCGAGGAUCCACAUCGUGAUGAAGAGUGACAAAGAGAUUGUUGGCACGCUGCUGGGCUUUGAUGACUUUGUCAAUAUGGUAUUGGAAGAUGUCACUGAGUUUGAGAUCACACCUGAAGGAAGGAGGAUCACCAAACUCGAUCAGAUCUUGCUAAAUGGAAACAACAUAACGAUGCUGGUUCCUGGAGGAGAAGGGCCUGAAGUAUGAAGUUUCAAGGGACUUUUUUGUCACAUGCAGGAUCUUUUUGGUUCACAACCUAUCAAAUGGAGGGUUUUUGUUCUUUGCGUUUUUUUUUACUUUUAAUGUUGAUAUUUGAUACAGUUAAAUUUCCUGUUAAAGGGAAAAUUCUUUGAGGAUGGAUUGUAAAUUAUAUUUUUUGUAAGUUAGAAUCAUGAAUUUCUUGUAAAAGAAGAAAUCAGUUUCAUGUUCAAAGUCUAAAAUAAAGUCUUUUUUUCAUUA